AUGGCUCAAGUAAAACUGAAGAUGCAGGCUCAGGCUCUUCUCCGUUGGCAUGAUGCUCAUCAGUUCUGCAGUAGAAGUGGGCAGCCCACCAAGAAGAAUGUGGCUGGCAGCAAGCGUGUGUGCCCUUCCAAUAAGAUCAUCUAUUAUCCACAGAUGACUCCUGUGGUGAUCACUCUGGUGUCAGAUGGGACUCGAUGCCUGCUUGCCCGCCAGAGUUCCUUUCCCAAGGGAAUGUAUUCUGCCUUGGCAGGUUUUUGUGAUAUAGGUGAAAGUCUGGAAGAGGCUGUCCAGCGAUAAGUUGCAGAAGAGGUGGGAUUGGAGGUGGAAAGACUGCAAUACUCUGCAUCUCAGCACUGGCCCUUUCCUAAUGGCGCACUCAUGAUUGCUUGUCAUGCAACUGUGAAACCAGGGCAGACAGAGGUGAGUUCUGAUGCUUCCCUUAUGAUAUAUCCUUUGCCUCAUCCAAGCUGGUCUGUAGGUACUUACUAAGCACCUGUCUAGUCCAGCA